AUGAAGGCAACAACUAAUCUCAGUUACAGCCACUCCGUUGCAGUAGCCAAUACCAGUGCCAGCUCAAGCUCCACAUCGUACACUGCUAGCAGUAGUAGCUCUUCGGCCGCGUGCUCUCAACUCACCACCCCCACUGCACCGGCCGUAUCGGCAUUGGUUUCAAACGCCAACACAACAACGAAAUCAACUAAGACAAAACCUGCAAUCAAAACGUCGAAGGUGAGCUUUGCACCGUUAGACAUCACCUUCCCGCCACCGAAUACGACCACUAAUAUCAGCAGCUGUGCGACAACGGUCACGUGA